GUUGAAGAAGCGCCUAUUACUGUUUCUCUCUCAUUCCUCAGCCGAUCCAAGAUUUUUCAGAGACUUUGCAUAGAGUGCAUCUUCAAGAAACCCACCAUCCCCACCCGGAGGCCUUCUCUUCAUCAUCUCCCCUCUAUCAGGUAUUCUACGUCUCUCUCUCUAGCUCUCGCUCUCGCGGUGUUUCUUGCUGUGUGUUUGUGUCUACGCACACGCAGGUAUCUAUGUUUCUUUGUGUCUUGGGAAUUUUGUUAAUCUUGGACGUAGCUGGGUACUUGAUUGAUUGAAGAACAAAAUUUGGAAACUAGGGAAUUUCCUAGCUUUGUUUUUUUAUGUGCGGAAUUAAUCAUGUGGGCUAUGGUGGAAUACGUGCGAAAUACAUGGCCUUUCUCCGCGUUUGCAUUCAGUGACUUGAGGGUAUCGGAGGGGAUUGUUAAGAAAUUACCGAUUCCCGAGAGCACGAAGAAUUUUGUUUAUGCGAUUCGCGAGCCGGAAACUCAAGCUGUGAUUUAUGUGCUGUCGGUUCAGAGUUUGUCGGAAAGGUCAGCUUUGGAUGCCGAGUGUUUAAUUCGAGAGAUAAAGCCUGAUGCGGUUGUUGUGCAAAUGGGGGGCUUGAAUGGUUCAGAGAUGAAUGGCGUGAAGGGCGGUGGCACUGGAUUUACCAAGGAUGGUAAGAGUAAGAGUGGUGGGAAUGGUGGAUGUGUCAAUGAGGAUACUGUCCCGACGUCUGUUUUUGAGGUUUUGAAGAAGUGUUUUAUCCACAAGAUUUGUAAGGAGAAAUAUGAGGAUGUGGCUGGAAGUUUGGUGUUAAGGGAAAUUUUUGGGGUGAGUUUUAAUGGGCAUUUUCUUGCGGCCAAGAAGGCUGCUGAGGAAGUUGGCUCUUCAUUUUUGAUGCUUGAGUCGCCUUUUGUGAAAUGCAGCUCAAUUGGAGAUGAUGAAUCCAAUUCAGGAACAGAAGGUGAGGGUGUGAACUUGGGAACUGGUUUUGGAAGCGCAUUUGGUUUGGGGCUCAAUAGUUUGGUUCCUGGAAGAAUGGGAAGUUCGACUGUCUCUCUGAAUUCAAGGGCCUUCCAUGUCAUGGAUGAUGUUCAGUCUCAAAUGCUGAAGUCGUUAUCUUCAUAUUUGGUUUGCUUCAAUCCAGUUUCAAAGAUUGCAAGUGAAGAUGUUGUUCGACCACUAGUUGAUUAUGAGGUCCCCCAGUUCGCAAAAUGUGUCUAUCCUUUGCUCGUUGAUUUGCAUGAUAUAUUUGCUGACAUCCCCUCAAUGGGAACUGCACUGGCAUGUGCACAGAAGAUGCUUUGUGAUGUUAACAAGGGAGAAAAUGUUGACACUCGACUCCUUUCGGAAGUUUAUGCGUUUCGGAUUGCCGUUGAGGGGCUCCGAAUUGCUCUGAAUAAUGCUGGCCGGCUAAUAAGAAAUCCAGUUUCAGCUAACUGUGAGUUUUCUGAUCUUCCUAUGGAGGACAAGUCGCAUGCUAUUCUUGCACAGGCUCUUCGAAGCCAGACUAAUAAGUACACAUCAAUAGUUGCGGUAGUUGAUGCUAGUGGAUUAGCGGGGUUAAGGAAACACUGGAAUACUACUGUUCCUCCAGAGGUUAAAGAUAUGGUUGAUGAGCUUGUCACCAAUUUUGGAGAUGAUGGUGAACUUCAAACCCAUUCUAGCAGAAAACGUUUAUUAGCUGAUAAGCCUAUGGUAGCAGUUGGGGCCGGUGCAACGGCAAUUUUUGGAGCCUCCUCCCUCUCUAAAGUUAUUCCAGCAUCAACUUUUAUCAAAAUUGCAACCUUUCAUGUCCCCGCUUCUCUACAACUUGUACUGACUCAGACCCAAAAAGCUGUUCUCUUUGCACUUAGUAAGGCUCUUGGUCCAACCAAAGUGGUAGUUCCUGGAAUGGCGAGUUCUACAUUUAAAGGCUCUGCCAUGAAGGCUGCAGCAUCUGCUGAGAAAAUCCGUGCAGUGGCUCACAGUGUUAUAGCAUCCGCAGAAAAGACAAGCCUUUCUGCCAUGAGAACAGCAUUCUAUGAAAUAAUGAGAAAGCGCAGAGUUCGACCAAUUGGAGUCCUACCAUGGGCCACCUUUGGAUGUAGUAUUGCAACUUGUACAGGUUUGCUCGUCUAUGGCGAUGGAAUUGAAUGUGCUGCUGAGUCUCUUCCUGCAGCUCCUUCAAUUGCCAGUUUGGGUCGAGGAAUACAAAACUUGCACCAGGCAUCUCAGGUAGUAAGGCAAGCAGAGAGUUCCAGAAUACAGAAAUCAAUAGAGUCGCUCUUGUAUAAAUUCAAAAACUUAAAAAUUCAAUAAAAGUAAUAUUGUAUACUCAGCACUAGUGCAUACUAAUUGUUUUGAAGUCCAUGCUGAAAGUGGAGUUCAGAUAUUGUGUAAAUAGAAUCCAAGAGGAUUACAGUGUUGUUUAUGUCAUCUGAUAUACUCAUCAAUAAGAAUGGGUCUUUUUUUCGUCAGUGGUUUUUCCUAGGAGCUAUUAAUAGUUGAGGAGCUCUGACCUCAAGUUUCAGCCUUACACUUUAAUAUGAGCUUCCACUUACAACACUUUACUGGGUUUAUAUUAACGUCGCUCUUUCAAAAAGGUGGGAAUGUUGUCGGCAAAAUUCAUCACAAACCGAAAUGGCCAAUACAAGAGUUCGUUUUCUCAUGAUGUUGCCAAUACGCCUUAAUUCCGUGGCCCUCUAUGCUUAAGUUUGUUUUAAAUGGGUGAAAGAAAAGCACUCCAAAUCAGUGAAUAAUAAUUGAAGAUUCCAUCUUUUGAAUGUCCUGUGAUCCUUGCAAUCCACCAUAUCAGGGGCAUAAAAACAUAGAUGUGCUCAUGAGUGAUUUAAGGAUAUAGUCAAGAACAUAACAUCUCUUUCAGUUUUUUUCUUCUUUUGGCAAGUCUCUAACAGCACAAUAUCAGGCUUCAGAAGAUCCUCAGGACUAUUUGGAAAAACCAAAAAAAGAAAAAAAAAAAUUACAGCACUAACAUGUCUAGAAAUUUGAUUACAUUGAACUUCAUGUACUGAUUUAUAACUAAUCCCUCACCCUUUGAUACUUGCAAAUUAGUCGCCCAGCGGGAGGAAAGAAUUUUCUGGAAGAUUUCAUCGGUGCCACAAUCUUUCCCAAGUUCUUGACAUAUCUGGUU